AGUAGUUCUGCUAAAAUCACUGAAUGUAUUCACAGAGUGAAGACACUAUCCAGCAUGGCUACGAGUGGUAGACUCUGGCUGCUGCUGUUUUGCUGCUUUGGGACAGGAAGAGGUGGUAAACACUUUGAAAGCUUUAGUUGAGUUUCUGGGUGUGGUUUCCAACCUUGUGAAAUAGUCUGCCCAUCCCUAGGCUGGACCCUAUUUACAUUGUACUGGGUUCAGACCCAGUUUUUACUAUAAAACCCUAAAAUUAGUUGAGUUAAAUAUCUGAAUUGCAAAGUUGGUUUGUUUGUUUUAGCAAAAUCCCAAAUCAGGACUACCUUUCCUUUUUAGUUGAUGUUUGUGCAUCUAGAGCUGUUAGUAACAGGUCAGAGAGAACAUAUAUUUGUGGUUUGCAGCAUCUGUUAUCUUCAGUGUACUUUUCCUGCAGAGUCACUUUUCUGCACCAAAAAGAGUUGCUUUCCUUAAAUUGCACGUCAUAGCUGUAGAUGCAAAUCAUAUAUAGCACACGGCUUCUCUCUUGCAUAUCGCAGGCUGAACUGGAGAGUGUCAUUUUCUUGUUACUGCGUGUGUUUAUCCGCUGUCAUUGCCUUCAUCAUGAGUGACCUGCAGGAAGAGGGCAAAAAUGCUAUCAACGCGCCAAUGUCUCCCGCCACCAUUGAUAUCCACCCUGAAGAUACCCUAUUAGAGGAAAAUGAGGAACGUACCAUGAUCGAUCCCAACUCCAAAGAAGACUCCAAGUUCAAAGAACUAAUCAAGGUUCUAAUUGACUGGAUUAACGAUGUCCUGGUGGAAGAAAGAAUCAUCGUUAAGCAGCUUGAAGAGGACCUUUAUGAUGGGCAAGUGCUGCAGAAGCUUUUGGAAAAGCUGGCUGACCGUAAACUGAAUGUGGCAGAAGUGACGCAGUCUGAAAUUGGUCAGAAACAAAAGCUGCAGACAGUUCUGGAAGCUGUCCAUGAUUUACUUCGACCCCAUGGCUGGACAAUCAAAUGGAAUGUCGACUCAAUCCAUGGCAAGAACCUAAUUUCCAUUCUCCACCUUCUGGUAGCUUUGGCCAUGCAUUUCCGGGCUCCCAUCCGACUUCCUGAGCACGUUUCUGUGCAAGUGGUAGUUGUAAGGAAACGGGAAGGCCUUCUCCAGACAGCUCACGUUACAGAGGAACUCACAACCACGACAGAGAUGAUGAUGGGAAGAUUUGAACGAGAUGCCUUUGACACCCUCUUUGACCAUGCACCAGAUAAACUCAGCGUAGUGAAAAAGUCUCUGAUCACCUUUGUGAACAAACACCUAAAUAAGCUGAAUUUGGAAGUGACAGAAUUAGAAACACAGUUUGCAGAUGGCGUCUAUUUGGUAUUGCUCAUGGGUCUGCUUGAAGACUAUUUUGUUCCACUCCACAACUUUUAUUUAACGCCUGAAAGUUUUGAUCAGAAGGUCCAUAAUGUUUCCUUUGCUUUUGAGUUGAUGCAAGAUGGAGGGCUCAAGAAACCAAAGGCUCGUCCUGAAGAUGUUGUUAACUUGGAUCUGAAGUCUACCCUCAGGGUUUUGUACAACCUGUUCACAAAGUACAAGAAUGUUGAGUGAUCCUGGAAGCUAAGAUGUUAAUCCUCACAACCUUCUUAAGGGGGAAAAAAAAGAAAAGGAAAAACAAAACGCCCUCUAUGUUCCCUUUGUGCCUUACACUAUAUUCCAUGCUGCAUGAUGGCAUUCCUUCUCCUGUUCACAUUAUCUCCAUGUAUCCCUUUGCAUGACAUGCCUGCUGAAAAUACGUUGUGUAUUUUAUGUUAGCUCCCUUUUGAAAUCUCAUUUUUACAUCUUUGCUCUGAGAUCCUUGCGUGUCUGUUUGCUAAAGUCAACAAGCUUUCUUUUUAUGUUGAUAAAGAAUACUACUAGUUACUUUUGAUAAACAGGAAAAACUUGAACCCUUCUUGAUGGGACAAUGCCUAUAUAUACUUUCUUUUGUAAACUACUUGGUUACCAUUGGUGGUGGAAGAUACGCUAGGCUUGAGUGUUAGAAAUACAAAGGCAGACCCUUGCAUUGCAAUGUGUUUAGAAACUGCAGUUUCCAUUAAAUAAGGUUUGUGUGUGUUACUGUAUUUGUUUCCAAGGACACCACCUGAAACUGUACCGUGAGGGCUUUUUCUAUCUUUCAUGUUAAGCUCAUACUACCCAGUAUUAUUUCCACUUGAUGUUUACACACAAUUAGCCUAGAAAUGGAAUUAUUGCCAAAUCCGGUCAUAGCUGGUUUUCUCUCCCUCCUUUUGUGCUGAGGAGGGAGCUGUAGCCACACUUGAAAUGUGUAGUCUGGAUCAGCUUGGUGAGGAGCUGGUCACGGAUGGACGGACUGGAUUUAUCCAUUCUUUCUAACCCUUUGUGGAAUGAGCAGGGGGAAUAACAGUUUAGUUGCUUAGACGUGCAAGGUUGACCUUUAUUUUCAUGUGGAAAAGCUAAAGUGCCUGCUCCUGCUCUCACUGAAGUCAAUGGCAGUUACAGCGUUACAGAGCCCAAAGUCUGUGAACAGAACUACAGUUUUUGUUUUGAAAAUUAAAUGGAGCAAGGUCAUUUUUCAAUAAGAUUUUGCCUCUGCUUCCUGGGUUAUUCUGGACAACGCCAUAUAAUGUACACCAGUAUCGAACACAUUGGACUGCACUGAAUUUGGAACAGUUUAGAGGUGGAUCCCAGGGCUGAAAAUAACAUAAGUUUCCUUUCAGUGAUGCUGUGAUGAGUUGAUUUCAUCCCAUCAUCCCCAAUGAUACUUUGCUACUGCUGUGUACUCUGGACUCAGUGGUAUAAUCCUUAGGCAAAACUCCCAUUGAAGUCAGUGGGAGUUUGCCUGAGAAAAGACUAGACACUUUGAAUGUAUCUACCUUGACACAAGACACCUUGACAGCACUAGAUGGAUUUCACCUGAUUGUGCAGACAUAUCUGCGUGUCUAAUGAUGCUAUAGGUAGUUAAAUGUACAAAGAAGGCAAGGCUAGGAUGUGGUUUAUGUGAACAGGUUAUGGGCAGGGCUAUUAAAAGAAAUAGUAUUAUAAUAUCAAAGUAAGUUAUUUGUGAGCUAUGUAUUUUAUAGCAUUCCUUCCCUCAGAAUGUGGAGGAGAGAUCCAAAACCACUAUAUUAUUGCUUUCUGUUUAUCACAUUAGUCAUACUUUAUGGGCUGCCAGGUUUUAUGUAAAGCAUUUAACAGAGCGGCCUAUCAAGGAAGGCAGUGUUACUGCAUUAUCUGGGCCAAGUUCAGUCCUGUUGUAAGCAGAGGCUCCUCUCUCAUUGACUACAAAUGAAAUGCAUCUGCUUACACCAGGACUGAAUUUACCCUUCAGUGUUAAAGACCAAAAGGAAACGCGUGUCCCCUUACUGUGCUAUGUGAACUGUGGUGUAAUUGUACAGAAGACUCUCUCUUCAUUAACAUUUUUGUCUCAGCUUGACACUUUAACAGUGACUUGCAAAAGGAGAAAACACUUAUUUUUUGUUUCUUUAUGAGGUAUAAAAGGUGGCCUAAGGGGACUAGUGUCAAAAAAAAAAAAAAGUGGGAGGAGGUUUCUGCUUGUUUCUGUUAGAAAUUCAGCUCGCAUCUACCAUGGAAGAUGCUGUGGUGACUGAAGAACUAGUGAGUUAGAUUGUAAGGAUUAGAUUCAGAAAGGAAUUUAGGUGCGUAACUGGGCACCUAAGUCCAAAAUUUAGAUCCUCAACUCCCCUGCUCAGCUCUAUAUCCCUAAACUCCUACUUAAACUCAAAUAUUGGAUAUGAAGUGGAAGAGCUCCAACAGGAGAGUGUGAGAGCCCCACCCCAAAAAACCCCGUAAGCCAGCAAUUAAGGCUACACGUAGGAGUUGAGAGAACUGAGUUCGAGUCCCCAUUCCAAGUCAGGCAGAGUGGUGAUUUGAACUGAAGUUGGUUUUGCACAUCUCAUGCGAGUGCUCUAACCACUGGGCUAUUAGAUAGUUCUUAUAUGAGUGCUCCUGUAGCCAGGGGACUGCGGGUUUGGGACCUUUAGUUUGUAUGCCAUGGGCAAAUUGCCAACAGGAUGCUUUCAACUUAAGAAGGGCUUCCCCAAAAGUAAUCAGUUUUAAAACACAAUCAUCUUGAUAUAGCACCCCACCAACUAAUGUUUAUUUCAUUCCUAAUCUAUCACAUACCUAAUGUGUGGGUUGUAAUGGGCUAAUAUGUUGUAGGUUAAAGCUUAAAAAUAUAGGCCUCCCUCCAUCCAUGCUAAAGAACAGGAUGGUUAAUAUUUUGUUUACGUUACUGGAAAUUUUGAAUUCUGCCUCUUAGUGUAGAGUUGUGUAGAAAAGGCCAGGGAAUUCUGAGGCUUGUGGCAUAGUUCGUGGACACUGCAUGCCCAACAUUCGAGCUUCCACAUUUCUAUAUGGUUAAUGAGAUUGGCUGCCUGUACAGCCUGUGUAAUCUGCCUUGUAGAUUCACCAUCAGAACUGCGGAUUCAGUUCCAGCCAGUCGUCGUUCAGCUUGCUCUACGGCUCAGAAGAGGCCUGAGCUAUGGUCAGCUAUGCUCGAACGUUUCACAAGACUGCAAAGCAACAAAAACAGAGUUUACAUCAAUGCAAAUCUUACAGAGCUUUCUUUUCCCCACUAAUAGAAACCCAAUGCUUUGUGUAUUAAUGUAUUUUAAGAAUCUUUUCUACUAUUUUUUAACAAUGUGCACUCUGGAUUUCUGUUACUAAAAAAAAACAACCCACAAAAAACAACCUUGCAGAUGAGAUACUGCACUUGUCAUACCAUGGACAAGUCUGGCUUAGUGAGAGUGUAAAAGUAGUGUACUGUAAGCAAAUUACAAUGCAAUCCUAUGUUUUCUAAAAUCACAGCAGGAGUGUUGUGGAACUUAAUGCAUGGUUUGUGAUAACUGUAUUUAUUCUAAUAAACAAAUGAUGAUCACA